AUGACAACCUGUUACAACCAGUUUCAUAGGGGUUGCCCACCGGCUACAACCGGUCACUGUCCUCAGCAAUUCCCGCUGGGUAUAAAAUCUCAAUCAAACUUUCCCACGUUUAGUCGCUCGCUGAAAUCUCUUCUACUACUUGCUUGUUACAAGGAGAGCUACUUGGAUCCCUGCCAGCAGGAGACGGUGCAUCCAAUUGUGACUUCUCGGGUGGCUGGAGGGAUGGAACACUCAACUUCAAGUUCUGGUAUCUUUUACCAAGGAGAUCGGCAGUCUCAAGUUGGGGGUAAUUCACACAUGUGGUCAUCUUUCGAGAGUGAAUCAAAUUCUUUACCUGGAAAUGCGCAGUCGAGCAUGGGUCCUGUUUCUGGGGAUGUUAGUAAUACAGUUUUGAAUAGUGUGGAAAGAUCAGGUCCAAGUUUUGACGCGAGUUCUUUGGUUACAGAUGCCAAUUCAGGACUUUCAGGAGGUCCUCGGUUUCAGAGAAGUGCCAGCAUUAGUGCAGAGUCCUAUAUACGGUUGCCUGCGUCACCUAUGUCGUUUUCCUCCAAUAAUAUUAGCAUCUCUGGUUCAUCAGGCAUGGAUGGAUCCUCUGUGGUUAAGCAAAAGUCUAAUCAAGAACCAAGGGUUCCUGAAUCUUUCCGUCAAGAUCAUGUUGCUCUGUGCCAUAUGCAAAAGAAACCGCGUUUAGACAUCAAACAAGAUGAUAUACAACAGCAAGUACAAUUAUUGCAGAGAAAGGACCCUUUGCACCUGCAGAACCCCAACCCUCAGUUACAAGCCUUGAUCCAGCAGCAGGGGUUAAGGCAACAGCAGCAACAGCUCUUGCAGUCCAUGUCACCAGUCGAGCGCGCCCAGCUAUUGCAGCAGCAGCAACAGCUGCAGUUAAGGCAACAACUUCAACAACAAGCCGUGCAGCCUGUAUCAGCCAUGAAAUAUCCCUCCGGUAGUGUCUUGUGCUCUCGGCGGUUAAUGCAGUACCUGUACCAUCAGCGACAACGACCUCCUGAUAAUUCUAUUGCCUAUUGGAGAAAGUUUGUAGCUGAAUAUUAUUCCCCACGUGCAAAGAAGAGAUGGUGCUUGUCGUUGUAUGAUAGCAUUGGGCAUCCUUCCAUUGGUGUAUUUCCACAAGCAACCGUGGAUGAAUGGCAUUGUGAUAUUUGCAGUUCAAAAUCUGGAAGAGGAUUUGAGGCAACUUUUGAAGCUCUUCCGAGGCUGAAUGAAAUCAAAUUUGGCAGUGGUGUUAUUGAUGAACUAUUGUUUUUGGAUUUCCCACGUGAAUGUAGAUUUCCUUCAGGACUAAUGAUGCUAGAAUGCGCAAAAGCAGUUCAGGAAAGUGUAUAUGAACAACUUCGUGUGGUUCAGGAGGGCCAACUUCGAAUUAUUUUCAGUUCUGAUUUAAAGAUAUUGUCAUGGGAGUUCUGCGUACGGCAUCAUGAAGAGCUUCUUCCUCGAAGAUUAGUUGCACCACAGGUAAAUCAGUUACUGCAGGUUGCUCAGAAAUGCCUGACUACAUUAACUGAAAGUGGGUCUAAUGGAGUUUCUCAUCAGGACAUCCAAGAAAACAGCAACAUGGUCGUCUCAGCCGGACGUCAGCUUGCCAGGAGUUUGGAGAUGCAGUCACUUAAUGAUUUGGGAUUCUCCAAAAGGCAUAUGAGGUGCUUACAGAUAGCUGAGGUUGUGAACAGUAUGAAGGACUUAAUGGACUUUUGCAGAGAUCAUAAAGUUGGGCCAAUUGAGGGCUUAAAGAACUUUCCACGGCAUGUUACUGCAGCUAAGCUUCAGGUGCCAACUGAUCACAGUGCACUGAACAAGCUUAUCACAUUGCAUCCGGGGCUUAAUGGCCAGAUAAACAAUAAUCAGCACAUGGCUGGUCGGAGAACUUUAAGUGGCUCCGCACAAGCUGCUCCUGCACUGACAAACUACCAUAAUAUGCUUAUGCGGCAGAACUCGACCAAUUCAAACCCAAUGUCAGUUCGACAAGAGGCUGCUUCUUUCAGUAAUUUAAAUCACUCUCGAUCUACAUUGUUGCAAGGGCCAAAUGGUGUAUUGCCAGGAAUCUUGUUGAACUUACCUAUUACUGGCUUGUCAAGUAGCAAUGUGCAGGAACAACUGCAGCCACAGCAGAGAUUACUGAAUAGUAAUGGCUUACAGCAACUCCAACAAAAUCAUCCUCAGGCCUUGCAGCAGCAAAUGAUGCAGCGACUCCUCCAGGAUAUGAAUACUAAUAGCGGUGGAGCUGGGCAGAGGUCAGAUGGUAAUGCUUCUAGGGAAGGGCUUGGUUUUGGAAACAAUAGUUGUGCAACCACUACAAAUGAGCCAAGCUCUACAGGACCCACCCCCUGCAGAAGUAACAGUUUCAAAGCGGCUUCUAGUCGUGAAUCAUCUGUUGGUGCUGGCAACUGUAGUUUCAGCGAGAAAGCUCCAGAUUCUCACCCUAGUAUUCAUCAAUCAGAUGAAGUGGUUCCAGAUAUAACACAGGAGCUCACUGAAAAUGGUUUUUUUAGCGAUCUUGACAACAUGAGUUAUGGAUGGAACGAGUGACUAACAUGUUUUGCUCCUUUGGCUUUUUAUAAGAUAAGAAUACUGCCAUACAUCUUUGUACAGGUUAUUGCGGUUAGAUUUUUGUUUUGUUCUCGAUCCCCUCUAUUUUCUGGUCGUGGGGGGCUGUUGUGAUGAUAGCACUUGAAACGAUUGUAUAAUUCCUCUUGUUUAUCUCACUCUGGGGGGUUGCACCACAUCUGCAAGUGGAACACAUAUUAACUGGGUUUUACAAUGACUGUAAAAUCUUUAGUCGUUGUUGGAUGAAUCUAUGAGUUAUAAUAGUUAUUCUGAUGUAA